AGCCCCGCGGAGCGCAUGGAGCGGCUGCGGCUGCCGCUGCCCCUGCUGGGGCUGCCGCUGCUGGCGCUGUGCUGGGCGGCGGCGGCCGAGCGCCACACCGUCUUCUGGAACAGCUCCAACGCCAAGUUCCUGCGGAGUGACUACACGGUGGAGGUGCGCCUCAAUGACUACCUGGACAUCAUCUGCCCACACUACGAGGAGGGCAGCGUGGCAUCCCAUGCCAUGGAGCGCUACACGCUCUACCUGGUGGAGCAGGAUGAGUACGUGGCCUGCAAGCCUCGCUCCAAGGAGCAGAUCCGCUGGGAGUGCAACAAGCCCAGUGCGCUGCACGGCCCUGAGAAGUUCUCGGAGAAGUUCCAGCGCUUCACCCCCUUCACCCUGGGCAAGGAGUUCAAGGAGGGACACAGCUACUACUACAUCUCCAAGCCGAUUCACCACCAUGGCGAAACCUGCCUCAAGCUGAAGGUGACAGUGGCCGGCAAAGCCACCCAGGCACCGCCUGUCCCAGCCGUGACGCAGAAGGGGAGGAUCCAGGCAGAUGAUGCGGCCGCCCAUGUGCUGCGGAGCGUGGGGCAGAACUCAGCCAUGCGGGGCAGCAGCCCCCUCGCCUUCAUCAGCCUCCUGCUGCCGCUCCUGGUGCCACAGGGGCUGUGAUCUGCGGUGCACAGACCAAGCCAUGCCCAGACUGUCAACAGCCCACGGGCGCCUGCCCGCUUUGUCCUGCUCGUGCACCCCAUGGCACUUGGCCCUGGCCGCAUCCUGCCAAACCGAGGACUUGUCAGUAUUAGGGGGCCCCUGAAGGUGCACUGAGCCUGCAAAGCCCAUGAGGAGCCACACGGUGCCCUGCCUAUGUGGGAAGGGGGCUCUCAGCAGCCAAAGACUGGCCCCAAGCAGAGGACUGGAUGGGUUAGGGGGCUGGCACCCCCAGCCACAGGCGCUGAGCACCCUGUCCCUGCACACCACUGGCUUGCAUCACAGCAUGUCCUGCAGGCAGGGACACAGCGCUGGCCUCGCGAGCAGCCUGGCUGCAGGACUGGGAGCACGAUGUGGAGCAGCAGCCCUGUAAAUGUCGGAGAUGCCAGGCAGCUAGCAGAGCGGGGAAGCGGGAGCUGACCCCCUUCCCGCAGCACGGAGCACUACUGCCCUGCAGGCCCCCGCCUGCACCCCACGACAUCUCUGCGGGGCUGGUGCUGGCCUCUGCCCUGUGGGUCUCGGAUCCUGUGUCCCCGUGCCGGAGGGGCAAGUACCCCAGCACGGGGCCAGUGUGGGGCAUUUUGACUGCCUCGCUAUUUGUACAGCUUUCUAACACUGGAAUUUUUAUACGUUUGUCUUGAAUAAAUAACUGAGCUGAUGCUGUA